UUAACCAAUCAGAGAGCAGCAGGGGGCGUGAAUUGACGAAUUCUCGCGUUUACUUCCGUCAAUAUUUCCAGCUCCGCAGGAGGGGAAGGCUAGAGACGGAAGCAGAGACGGGCAAAACAACAGAAGAGCUACUUCUCUUUAACGCUGGUUAAACCUCCAGGUGUGAAGUAGCAGCGGCCCUCUCUGCUCACAGUCUCACACCUGCCAGACAAGAUGCCUUUCUUGGGUAAGGAUUGGAGAUCGCCGGGAUGGAGCUGGACAAAGACGGAAGAUGGCUGGAAGAGGAUCAUCUUGUUCGGAGAUGUUUUGGAGGACAACAACGGAGAGAUUGAUUUGAAAGAGCUCUGCAAUGGCAACAAUGAAAAUCUGUUUGUUGGAGAUGUGUGUGAGCUCUCCACCACAAAGAGGAAAAAGGACUUCUACAACAAUAACACUAAAUCCCAGUUUGUUUUCACAGAUAAAUGGAUCUACAUUCAGAAAGAAAGCACAAAAGAACGACAUGGAUACUGCACACUUGGCGAAGCUCUCAACCGGCUAGACUUUUCCAGCGCUAUUCAGGACUUGAGAAGAUUUAAUUACGUUGCAAAACUUUUUCAGCUAAUAGCCAGAUCACAGCUGACGUCUUUGAGUGGAGCUGCCCAGAAAAACUAUUUCAAUAUCUUGGAGAAGAUUGUACGAAAGGUUCUGGAGGACCACUAUAACCCACGUCUCGUCAAAGAGCUUCUACAAGACCUGAGCUCCACCCUGCACAGUCUGACCAUCCAUGGCAGGUGUGUCCUCGUGGGAAACGUCAACAUCUGGUUGUGCCGUCUGGAAACCAUUGUUAAAUGGCAGCAGGAGCUGAACAACCUCCAGAUCCCCAAGCAAAUGUGCACUGGCAUGUCAUUCAGUGAUUUGCCCCUACACAUGCAAAACAAGAUCCUCUAUAAGUUCUCUGAUGCCUGUGACAUCAUUAACUUGGGACAGGCCACACCGACAUUGCACAUCCUAAGUGAGAACAACACACUGUGGAAGAAACUCUGCCACUUUCACUUUUCGGACAGACCGUUCUGCAGGACUUUAGCCAUAACCAAGAAUGACAACGUGGACUGGAAGCUGAUGUAUUUCACCUUGCAGAAACACUACCCCAUGAAGGAGCAGUACGGCGACACGUUGCACUUUUGCAAACACUGUAGCAUCCUCUUCUGGAAGGAUUGCCAUCUGGCUUUAUUAUUGAAGGACUCUGGCCACCCGUGCACAGCCAACGAUCCAGACAGCUGCCUGAUGCCCAUCUCUCCGCAGCACUUUAUCGACCUGUUCAAGUUUUAAACCCUCCAUGCUGUUUUUCACCUGAAGCAUCCGUUUAGCGUCACUCCCACACCAAGAGGUGUGUACAAGAACUUGAUGUCUUUAACCCAAAUACAAAGGGCUUCAAAGAAAUGUUUUCUUUACUUCUUUUACGUCUUUACUUCCUUACGCACAAUUAUUUCCGUAAAUUGAGGGAAAAUUAAUUGAGUGGAUUUCUCAGAAUGCUGAUAGAAGGUGAAAUAUAAGCGAGGCUUUCUCCUUUCGCACAAAUGUUUGUCUUUUAAGACAAGAAAGGUUGCUCCUUACACAGGGAAUAAAGUAUAAUGUAAAUGCAAUAUGAAUAUUUUGAAAGGAAUUGUAUGUAGAGCAAAUCUUAGCAUGUUUAUGUUAAGUACAAAGCCCCCUAAAGAUCAUGACUGGAGUUCUUUUCAUGUGAAAUUUAAACUUAAAUCAAACAAUGAAGAUAUGACUUUCAGCCUUAAGGAGUUUAACAAAUGCUGUAAACCUUAAUUGGACACCACCCAAAGCAUGCUAUAAAAGUAAACAAAAAAGAGUUUCUCAAGGCAAGGAAAUGGGAUAUUCUUCAAUGGCCAAGUCAGUCACCUGAUCUCAACCCAUCAGAGCAUGCUUUACAGUUAUUAAAUACAAAACUGAAUGCAGAGACCUACAAACAAGAAGCCGUUGAAGGUGGCUGCAGUAAAGGCCUGAGAGCGCCUGUCAUGGGAAAAAACUCAAAGAAUUUUCAUCCAAGUAUUAAAAACUAUCCUCAUACCUGAAAUAAUGUUAACUUGUCCAGUCGUUUUUGAUCCUCUGAAUUUGAGGAACUGUGUAUGAAAAUUGCUGUAAUCCCCAAACAGUUAAAGCAAAAUUUCUCUAAAACUGCUUAAAUCAAAGCUGAAAGUCUGCACAAAUUGUGAACCUAACUGCAGACAUGUAUUUUAAUUUAUUUUUUUUAAACACAAAGAUACAUUUCUAACGAACCGUAAAAUAGUCACGUUGAUGUGAACUUCCUUUCCCCUCACAAGCGGGAAAAUGAAAGGAUAUGAUUGCAUCAUUACAACAAAGUGAUCUACGACAUAAUAAGAUUUGUGUUCUGUCAGUACCAAAAGCAGUCUGCCCUCCAUUCCCUGUGAUUGCAUGCGUCGGUCCAGUUCAGUUACUCUUUAAAACUGAUUGGAAAAAGAUCUCUGAACUGGUUGGAAGCAUUUCUUCUGCCAUUAGCUGUUGCUGUAUGUUUAGUUGCUGUUAUUGCACCAGGCCUGUCAUAAUGGCACUUCACAAUAUUGAUAUUAUUGCACUACUACUAUCUGCUCUAUAGGCACACUCUAAGGUAUAUAUAUAUAUAUAUAUAUAUAUAUAUAUAUAUGUAUGUUAAAAUAUUUGAGAUGCAUUUGACUUUUGUAGCAAUAAUGCUAUCGGUCAAAUUAAUUUCUAGUUUUGGUUUUGAAUAUAUUAAAAUCAGUUACCAUAACUAUACAAAAAGACACGCCACAGUUAUCACCUUUAGAGAGUUAUUGUAACCUCCCCAGCUUGGACUUUGCCCAUUGCUGUGUUUCAGUCUGUGGUGAUAUGGAUGUCCAGCUGUAGCAGGCCUGGUACUUUUGGUAUUUGUGGUGCUUCUGAUAUAUGUAUCAGCAACAUGCAGUAGCAUCAACACAUUCCUGACCCAGUGCAAGUUUUACUCCCAUUAAAACCAACCACGUUCCAGCCAUUAUUGCUGCAAUGAAGGCACGGUUGCCGCUACAGUGACUUAAAGCUGUCUGCAGUCAUUUUCAGAGAUCCAGUCUGUUUCUUUUGUAUGAUACAGCUCAACCUUAAAUUCAUCAGCCAGAUAAAAUGGAAAGGUUUUUGCGAGGUAAAUGUAGCCUGGCGAAAUAUUCUGUUGAGUGAUCUUUAGGGGGCUCAGUAUGUAAGUAAUGGUAAUGUGUUUAAAAAAAAAAAAAAAGUUUAACAUUUAUAGUGUGGCAGAAAAAGAUGACUUGUGUUAAUCUUUUAUUUUUAAUGGGGUUCAACAGCUUUUUGUUCUGUUUCAUUUUGGUGGCAUGCUAUGUUUGCGUCUCCGUUAUGUUGUCCUCUGUGAAUACCUGCCGUGCUCUGUGUACAUCAAAAGCGUCAAUGAGAAAACACCCACACACAAAAAAAGUAAAACCCCAUCAGCUGAUCAAGUUGUUCUACUUUUGUCAGAACUGUCAUGUGACAGGUAAAUUGUAAAGCAUUAUUUAUGAAAAAAAGAACAUUUUGUAUCCUUCCAACUUUUGUAAUACCCCUCUACUCUUCCCAUACUGUUGAUGGUACUGUCACGAUUUUUCCGGGGCAGGAAGUAGCUAUUCAGUAAUAAAUAUUUCUAAAAAC